AUGAAUGUUACUCAUCAUCAGCAGCACAGGCUGCAUUUGAAACACUUUCGAAAUCACAGUUAUGGACUGCAUGGUGGAGCCAAUGAAAGCGUGGAAAAGACUCAUCACCUGGAAGGAUGCUAUGAACAGUUGUUUGUCCUGCCUGAAGUCUUUGUGAUCUUGGGAAUUGUGAGCUUACUAGAAAACAUUCUGGUCAUAGUUGCAAUAUCUCGAAACAAGAACCUUCAUUCUCCAAUGUACUUCUUCAUCUGUAGCCUGGCAGUGGCAGAUAUGCUGGUCAGCGUGUCCAAUGGGUUUGAAACCGUUGUGAUCACUUUGUCAAAUGAUACAGAUAGAAAAGCACAACGCUUUAUUGAGAGCAUUGACAACAUCUUGGAUUCUAUCAUUUGCAGCUCCCUCCUCGCCUCUAUUUGCAGUCUCCUAUCUAUUGCAGUGGACAGGUAUUUUACUAUUUUUUAUGCUCUUCAGUAUCAUAACAUCAUCACAGGCAAGAGGACGGUCCUGAUUAUUACUUGUAUUUGGACAUCAUGCUCAAUCUCAGGCAUCCUAUUUAUUUUGUACGAUGACAGUAAUGUGGUCAUUAUUUGUCUGAUCAGUAUAAUCUUCACCAUGCUUGCUCUUAUGGCCUCCCUAUAUGUACAUAUGUUCAUGCUGGCCAGGCUGCAUAUGAAGAGAAUUGCCGUUCUGUCAGGCACCAGCACCAUAAGACAAGGUGCAAAUAUGAAAGGAGCUAUUACACUGACGAUCUUACUGGGAGUUUUUGUCGUCUGCUGGGCUCCUUUCUUUUUGCAUCUCAUUUUUUACAUUUCUUGCCCCCGAAACCCCUAUUGUGUCUGCUUCAUGUCACACUUUAAUGUGUAUCUUAUUCUUAUCAUGUGCAAUUCUGUUAUUGAUCCACUGAUUUAUGCUCUGCGAAGCCAAGAGCUGAGAAAAACCUUGAAGGAAAUGAUGUGCUGGUAUUUUAUGGGAAGAUUGUGUGAGUUUAAUGGCCAUUAUUAA